AUGGCGCGUUUCCUCCUCUUAGUAGGAGGUAUAAUCCACCUCACAACCGCUCAACAAAUCGGCAAAAUCCCUGAAAUUCACCCUAAGCUCCAAACUUGGAAAUGUACAACAGAAGCAGGUUGCAUCCCACAAGACACCUCCGUCGUCCUCGAUGCUCUCUCACACCCACUCCACGAAAAGGGAAACAGCAGCGUAUCAUGUGGAUCCUGGGACACAGGAUUAAACCCAAUACUCUGCGCAACACAGGAAUCCUGCGCCGAGAACUGCGUUCUCGAGGGUGCAGAUUACGCAGCACACGGUGUACAGACGCAGGGCGGUAGUCUUAUUAUGCAUCAAUAUCUCGAGACUGACGGAACAUGGAGCGCUGUAACACCGCGUGUAUAUUUACUUGAUGAGAGUGGGCGCAACUACGACAUGCUUCGCUUACUGAACCAAGAGAUCAGUUUCGAUGUGAAUGUCUCAUCGCUUGUUUGCGGUAUGAACGGCGCGUUGUAUUUGGCUGAGAUGGCGGAGUCUGGCGGCCGGGGAGCUCUGAAUCCUGCGGGCGCACAGUAUGGAACUGGGUACUGUGAUGCGCAGUGCUCAGAUGAUCCGUGGAUUAAUGGUGUGGCUAAUAUUGCUGGGAAGGGAUCUUGUUGUAGCGAGAUGGAUCUCUGGGAGGCUAAUGCGCGGGCUACGGCUUUGACGCCGCAUGCGUGCAAUAUUUCGGGGUUGUAUGAAUGUACGGGGGAUCAAUGUGGAAGUUCUGGGGUUUGCGAUGAGUCCGGGUGUGGGUUUAAUCCUUAUGCCCUGGGUGAUACUGGGUAUUAUGGAUAUAGAAAGGUGGUCGAUACGACGAGAGUAUUUACAGUUGUGACACAAUUCAUCACGGAUGAUCAUACAUCGCAGGGCUCAUUGACUGAGAUCCGCCGGUUAUAUGUCCAGGAUAACAAAGUUAUCCAGAAUGCUGUCGUGGAUGUUUCUGGUGUUGAGACGGACUCGAUCACAAAUGAGUAUUGCUCGGGCUCUGCGAGCUAUUUCCAGAGUAUGGGAGGUUUGAAGCAGGUUGGCAAGGCUAUCGGUCGAGGCAUGGUUUUAAUUUUCAGCAUCUGGAAUGACUCUGGGGCUUAUAUGAAUUGGUUGGACAGUGGCAGUGCUGGGCCUUGUAACAGUACUGAAGGAAAUCCAACUCUCAUUGAAGCGAAGUAUCCAGGUACUUCAGUGACGUUCUCGAAUAUCAGAUGGGGUGACCUUGGAUCUACAUACGCCUAA